UGUUAUUUGAUAUCAUUGAAAAAGUGCUGCUCAGGCCUGCGUGAGGCUCCGUCUCUGAAGCCCCGCCUUCCGUCGGGAGAGUGGCCUCCAGGAUGUCAUUCCGGAUGUCUUCCUCCAGGGCCAGAUUGGAUCCCAGGUCGCCCAGCACUUUUUUUUGUCGCGCGGAGGUCCGCCGAGAAAAUGUCGGACCUAAGAGGGCGCUCCACAGGGAGCAGGCCCCCACUACAUUGACAAUUUGCACAGUCGUGCUCUAGAGCUCGGAUCGCUCGUCCUUUCCCCUGGGCCUCCCCCCGGGUCUCCCUGGCCUCCUCUCUGGGUGGGUGCGCGAUCGAGAAGGGGAAGGCCAGGGAGACCCAGGGGCGAUGACGAACGACCACUAAGAUAAAGGAGAGUAGUUUCUUAUGAGAGUAGGAGAUAACUACUGGAAAUAUCAAACAAGUGUUCAGUGCAAGCAGCUGUGUGUGUGUGAUCGUUUGUGGACGGAGCAACUAGCGAAUGCUGAUGGUUGCUGUACUUCCACGGCUGGCCUCCGUGCAUGUGGGGAGCCAGACACGGUGCAUCAUCGAUUGUUUUGUUGUACCUUCCCUGCUGUUUUUCAGGCCCGCGAGGCUCCUGCGUCUUAUCCCGAGGAGGCGAGAUGUUACCCAGCCAGUGUGGUCCACAGCAAAGGUAUCGUCUCGGUGCCCCCAGGGGGUAUCCCACCCGUGCUUGGAGCUCCGAUUGCUCACGUCUUGAAUGGAGAUGGGCAGCUGUUUCCCGACCUGGAGCCUGAAGACGUCACAACCGUUGCCGGGGCAGCAGCGAAACUGCACUUGGCGGUCGACGGCAGCAGCACCAUGCCGAGUUUGUCGUGUUUUCAGCGUGCUGCCUAUGCCGUGCUCCUUGUCGACCCCCAGACCAAAGCCACCUUGUCUGUUGUGCGUGGCACCGUGCUUGGAGGUUUCCCCCAGACCCCCGCCAUGGCUGACAACUUUUUGCUCGCCGUCGCUUGUCAAAUCGCCGGUCCAUGUACCAAAGUGUACGCAGACUGAAAUACCGCGAUAGCCCAGGCCCUACUACUACUACUACUACUACUACUACUACUACU